CUUACUUAUUAUUAUAUGUGUGAUUUUAGGUCUGAGUACUGGAAGUCAAACCCAAGGAAGUUUUGUGACUUCUGUAAAUGCUGGAUAGCAGACAACAAACCUAGUGUCGAAUUCCACGAGAGAGGAAAGCGGCACAAAGAAAAUGUGCAAAUACGGCUGGCCGAGAUGGGGAAAAAGGGACGGGAAGACUUUGAGGCCAAGCAAAAUGAAGCUGAUUUUCUCAAAUCAAUGGAAGAGGCAGCAUUGAAGGCAUACAAAAACGACAUUGAGCAGAAUCCCGACAUGACUGGAACCAAAAUAAGUGAAAUUGCCACAGCUAGUAAUGCAGAAAUUGUCAUCAAGAAUAAAAAGACAGAAUCAAAAAGCAGUGAUAAAAAAGAAUCAUCUCUAAUCAAGAACUGGUAUGAAGCAAAGUCACCAGAAGGUUACACUUAUUACUGGCACAUUGGAACAGGAGAAUCAAAAUGGGAGGCUCCAGAAGAAGGUUACUUAUCCAUAGAAGAACAGGAAAAAUUGAGCACCAAGAUGUUCAGAAAGCAGAAAGCCUUUAGCUCGUGGAAAAGAGUUGAAAAGGAACCAGCUAAGCAGAUUGAUUACCAGUUACCAGAGCUACCUGAAAAUGAAUACUAUGGUCCAGAGCUGUCCUUCAAGCAACAGGAAUCAACCUUUAAGGAGAAGACCGUGACUCUCUCAGCAAAAGACAGAAGCAGUGGGGAAAACGUAGGAUUCAAGAAGAGGAGAGCAGCUGACGACAUGAAAAAGAAUAUGAGACGGAGAACAGAUGAUUUAUAGUUGCUUCUUCCACCCCCCCCCCUCCCCUUUUUCUUUUCUUUUUCUCUCUCUUUCAUUUUAGUGAUUUUAUUGUAAUUUUUUUCCAUGCUGUUUGCUCAUUAGUGUGCUCUUUCUUUUUGUUUCUUCUAUCAUGCCUCUAUGCAAUUUUCCAUUUUUUCCAUUUAGUAUUUUCUCUUCAAUAUUCCCCUUCUUUUUCAGUUUCUCUCAGACUCUAUCUUUUAAUAAACUAGCCUAUUAUGCGAUGGUUAAAGAGAGACACAUUGUAAUUUUUAAUAAAAGCCUUAUUGAUAUUU